UUUGUGACAAUGUUUUGAAGAUAGACAAUGACUCUCUGUAAUGUACAUUUUCUCUCACUGCUUUGUUAUCGUGACUCUACAGAGGUAAAAAAACAAAAACAAAACAGUGACAACAACUUCAUGUCAAGCGGACAUAGAUGGUGAUCCAUUGUUGAUGUGAAAAACACAUUGCAGAUUUGACAUAUCUGUGCUUCUGCUUGAUUUUGGAUCAUGAUGCUGGAAGAAAAGAGCAGUUGGCUUUCUUUUAACUUGCCUGUGGUUGCACAAAACAUAGAUACCGAGGUGUAGGUGUUGAUAUCUGUGCCCGUGUUGACACAGGUCUCAACAAUGACCGACUUGUCUUUGUAAAUGUUUCAACACAAAGAAAACAGAGUUGCCUCACCUCCCACCAAUUGCCAGCGAAGAGCUGGUGUGAUCAUAAUGUGUUAACCAGAGGCGCUGAAGAUUCAAAUAUGUUUUUGUGGUAAGAGUUUUGGAAGUGUAAAACUUGUAUUAUUCAUCUGGUUUUGAGUGAGGGGAUCGGCCCACUCCCAGGAGUCCCCUUGGACACAAGUUUCUGAAUCUUUUGGUAUUGUGGAGCAAUCUAGCACCUAUCCAGUGGUGUAACGAAUGCCUAUGUGACACAGACUAACAGAUUACAGACAAGUUCUGCAAAAUGACCACAGACAUUACCGGUCGUCUCCCACUCAAUGUCUAUGUCAUCAUUCUUGGGAUAGGCCUCUUCGUCUUCAUGUUGAGCAUGAUCUUCUGUUGCUACCUGUUCAGACUGAGACGACAGGGCGCACAAGAACAAUUUGGAUAUAAUGAGGUCGUUCUAAAAGGUCCGGGGAAAAAAUUAAGUCUUCUUGGACAGACCUGUGCGGUUUGCCUGGAAGAGUUUCGGAGCCGGGAUGAACUAGGGGUCUGCCCUUGUGCUCAUGCCUUUCACAAGAAGUGUCUGGUGAAGUGGCUGGAAAUUCGCAGCGUCUGCCCCAUGUGCAACAAGCCCAUCUGCAGGCUCCAGCCAGACCCUCUGCAGGGGGCCGAGGGGCCCCAGAACCCCCUGGAGGUGUGACCGAUGAGGGACAUCACUGCUCAGAGAUAGGCAGGCUCUCACACACACACCUAAGCACAGCAUUAAAAAUCACCACACUACUGGAGCGGGUGGACUAGUCCUAAAUACACAUCCACCGUCCCUGUCCACCAAUCACCAUUUCCCAGUGGAACUGAACUGAUGUGACGUGUUCUUGGUCAUAAUGUACUGUAGCUUGCAGCAAGAUAAAUCGAUGCCUUGUGGACUCCAAACAGAUCAAGAAGAAUAUUCAAACCAGGGGAGAUGACCAAAACAUGAGGUCUGAGUUGACACUGUGCAAUAUGUGCAGUCAUACAGUAUUCCUGUCUAAGAGAGACUCAGUAUUAUACCAUAAAGAGUCAAGUUUAGGACUGCCCAGUUACAGAAUCCAAAGUUAGGAGCUGCUCAGUGGCCCGAGUCCUGACCUUAAGGAUCUGUGAGCUCAUUGGUUUUUACUCUUGCCAACAUAAAUGUGUUUCUGAGUGUUUUGAGGAGCUCAUGGUCUUGGUGAGAACCUGGAACCCUCAGAUUUGGAUGCAAUUUGGCCUAAUUUAAGUUAUUUAAAGUGGAUGUUUUGUACUAUAUAUAUGGCUCUCAAUAAAAUUUAAAGUUUUUGUGAUGGAACCCA